AGAAGUGUUGACAAGAAGCGACGCGGUUCCGUGUGGCGAGAGGUGCAACGAGUAUCCCAUCCUGGUUCGGGUCACUGCGCCACCAUGGCGUCACACAGAGGAGAUGCCGCACGCCGGCGUGGACCUCGUCCUAGUGCUCGACUUGGUCGAUGGUUGGGACCGGUAUCUCAUGAAGAAGGCUAUGAUUGUGGCCAUCGACGAGCUCGGCCCGAACGACCGGCUCUGUAUUAUCACGUCGGGCUGUGGGCACUGCACUAUGAAGCUUACAUUCAUGUCCGACAAUGGACGGGACGUUGCCAGGCUCAUGCUCGACGAGCUGCCCUCUGGAUGUUUUAAUAUGGUCGACUCUCUACGAGAGGCCUCUAAGAUUCUGAAGGAGCGUGAAGUUGAGGAGGGUAACGGCCGCGUAGGCUUCAUCAUGGUCCUGUUGCGUUCGGGCAGCAAUGAACCGGCGAUACUCACGCAGAAAAUCAGCCCCCAUUUCCCGGUGCACACACUCGGUUUGGGCUACGGCGGCCCUUACAGUCACAACGCAGAGGUCGGCAAGUACCUUGCGGACGAGACCUCUGGAACCUACUCAUUCAUCCAACAACUGGACAUAUCCGAGAUAAAGGAGGCCUUGGAGCUUUUCAUCGGCGGCAUCACCAAGGUCGCCGCGACAUCCAUCAGGGUCACCCUCACAGCUGGCGAGGGCGUCGCCAUAUCAUCCAUUGAGUCCGGCGGCUACAAUAGCCGUGUGAAUUCCGAGGAACAGUCCGGCGAGAUAGACAUCAACGACAUCUACGCCGGUGAGACAAAGAACUUCAUAGUCAAGCUGAAACUCCCCGAGGGCAAGGGCAAGCUUGUGAUCAUCGGCGGCCAGUACUGGAACCUCAAUGCCAGCAAGCAGCUGCUGGCUGAUACGGACGUGUUCAUCUCAAGACCGCGAUCAGAAUGCUCGCCUGGAAAGCUGGCCAUGCACCGUGAGGUAGCGGCGGAGCUCGUGCGGGUCCAGUUUGCGAAGUGCAUAUCGGCCAUGCUUGAGGUGGACAAUCGCUCGAUCAGGUACGACAUGGAACUGCUAUGGGAGAAGAUAAGGUUGUCCGAGGAGGGUCAAUGCGCGCCCGAGGAAACUUUGGCGGGUCUCGUCAAGGCCAUGGCUGAAAUACAGAAAGAAAACGUGCAACACAUUGGAAAAAAGCUGCCUUACGUACUGGCAUGGCUGAGUUGUCACGAGUGGCAACGGGCAACCACCAAGGGGGAUUGCUCCGACUCUGGUGCUUUCAUGGUUGGGCCUACAAAAAUGAAAUAA